AGCCCGGGCACCCCUGACGGGCUGCACUGGGGAGGGGGAGGAGCCUCGAGGCCGGUUUGGAAUUUUUGGCGCGAGCAGCUCCGCGCGCGUUCACGGGCCGUUCCCCCUCACGGGAGUCCCCCUCACGGGAGUCCUCCGCCCGGGCGUCCGGAACAGUCGACGGCAGACUCCGGCCCGCUGAGCCACCCGAGGGGCCCCGCGGCCUCCGCGGACCCGGAAUCUGGGCCCUCGCGGACCCGCGCCCCGCCCAGUCGCCCCAGCCCCUGCCCGUGACAGCCCGUCCACUGCUCUGUUCGCCAGGGUCUCCCCACACCCACGGAGUGAACUCAGCCGCGGCCCUGCCUGGGAGGAACUUACCGUCUACCGGGCAAGGUGGCCAGCAGAUGUGUCGGGCCUGGUGAGAGGGUGAGGCGAGACGGCCCGAUCGCCCAGGGCCCCGGAAGCUGCGGAGGUCACCCCCGCCUGGCCUUAGCUCAGGGACACCCUGGAUUCGCGUGGGAGCCCCUGCUCCUGCCUCCCCCAUCCCACCACUGAGGCUGUUGGGCCAGGCCAGUCAUGCUAGAACGGCCUCCUGCACUGGCCAUGCCCGUGCCCACGGAGGGCACCCCGCCACCUCUGAGUGGCACCCCCAUCCCAGUCCCGGCCUACUUCCGCCACGCAGAACCUGGAUUCUCCCUCAAGAGGCCCAGGGGGCUCAGCCGGAGCCUCCCACCUCCGCCCCCUGCCAAGGGCAGCAUCCCCAUCAGCCGCCUCUUCCCUCCUCGGACCCCAGGCUGGCACCAGCUGCAGCCCCGGCGGGUGUCAUUCCGGGGCGAGGCCUCAGAGACUCUGCAGAGCCCUGGGUAUGACCCAAGCCGGCCAGAGUCCUUCUUCCAGCAGAGCUUCCAGAGGCUCAGCCGCCUGGGCCACGGCUCCUAUGGAGAGGUCUUCAAGGUGCGCUCCAAGGAGGACGGCCGGCUCUAUGCGGUAAAGCGUUCCAUGUCACCAUUCCGGGGCCCCAAGGACCGGGCCCGCAAGCUGGCCGAGGUGGGCAGCCACGAGAAGGUGGGGCAGCACCCAUGCUGCGUGCGGCUGGAGCAGGCCUGGGAGGAGGGCGGCAUCCUGUACCUGCAGACGGAGCUGUGCGGGCCCAGCCUGCAGCAACACUGUGAGGCCUGGGGUGCCAGCCUGCCUGAGGCCCAGGUCUGGGGCUAUCUGCGGGACACGCUGCUUGCCCUGGCCCAUCUGCACGGCCAGGGCCUGGUGCACCUUGAUGUCAAGCCUGCCAACAUCUUCCUGGGGCCCCGGGGCCGCUGCAAGCUGGGUGACUUCGGACUGCUGGUGGAGCUGGGUACAGCAGGAGCUGGUGAGGUCCAGGAGGGAGACCCCCGCUACAUGGCCCCCGAGCUGCUGCAGGGCUCCUAUGGAACAGCAGCGGAUGUGUUCAGUCUGGGCCUCACCAUCCUGGAAGUGGCAUGCAACAUGGAGCUGCCCCACGGUGGGGAGGGCUGGCAGCAGCUGCGCCAGGGCUACCUGCCCCCUGAGUUCACUGCUGGUCUGUCUUCCGAGCUGCGUUCUGUCCUUGUCAUGAUGCUGGAGCCAGACCCCAAGCUGCGGGCCACGGCCGAGGCCCUGCUGGCACUGCCUGUGUUGAGGCAGCCGCGGGCCUGGGGUGUGCUGUGGUGCAUGGCAGCGGAGGCCCUGAGCCGAGGGUGGGCCCUGUGGCAGGCCCUGCUUGCCCUGCUCUGCUGGCUCUGGCAUGGGCUGGCUCACCCUGCCAGCUGGCUACAGCCCCUGGGCCCGCCAGCCACCCCGCCUGGCUCACCACCCUGCAGUUUGCUCCUGGACAGCAGCCUCUCCAGCAACUGGGAUGACGACAGCCUAGGGCCCUCACUCUCCCCUGAGGCUGUCCUGGCCCGGACUGUGGGGAGCACCUCCACCCCCCGGAGCAGGUGCACACCCAGGGAUGCCCUGGACCUAAGUGACAUCAACUCAGAGCCUCCUCGGGGCUCCUUCCCCUCCUUUGAGCCUCGGAACCUCCUCAGCCUGUUUGAGGACACCCUAGACCCAACCUGAGCCCCAGACUCUGCCUCUGCACUUUUAACCUUUUAUCCUGUGUCUCUCCCAUCGCCCUUGAAAGCUGGGGCCCCUCGGGAACUCCCAUGGUCUUCUCUGCCUGGCCGUGUCUAAUAAAAAGUAUUUGAACCUUGGGAGCACCCAAGCUUGCUCAUGUGGCAA